CCGGGUCAGAUGCUGACCCCUAAGUGCUCUGCCAUUUUUCUACAAGUUGUGGAGACAUCUCUCUUGGGUCGUUUCUUUUGAGCUUUUCUUUCAUCAGUAGAGAGAGGUUCUGGGUAGUGCAGAGGGAAAGCUUUGGGCUUUAAUGGAGACUACAGUGAUGAUUUAAUCUUUUCUGGUGCCGUUAACUCAAACUUUAGGGAAAUUUUGCGCUGUUGCAACGACUUCGACUUCAAUUUGACGGGUUUUGAAUUUCUUCCGAAGCUAUGGGAGCUUUUAAAUUGGAAAUUCCCUGUCCACCAAAAGUUCUUGAGAUUGCGGCAGACCCUGAGCCUGAUUGGAGUUUUAACGCUGUGUUAUCAGAGCUUGAGUUACUUGAAAAGAAGCUUGAUGUCUCCUUCGAUAAAACCCAAUAUCGGGGCUUUUCAAAUAGGAAGAGUGUGGAGAGGAGUCCAGUGGCGUUUAUAAUGCGUAUUUCUGAUGAUGAGAUGGAGGAUUCAGAAAGUGAAGCUGAAGAGGAUCAUGGUCCAAGUUCGGUAGCGGUGACACGGUUCAAUUGUGAUGAUAUUUAUGUUAGUGUUAGUGAUGACUUUGAUUCCCAGAUAGCUCUUGAUGGCCAAUCCUAUUUAAUGGAUGAAGUAGGGUUAGUGGAAGGUGCCCUAUUUGAGCUAAGCCCUGAGCUUGGAGUUAAGGAGGAUAUUAGAAACCAAAUCUCAACUUUAGAGAUGGAGUUAAUGAGGGACAGUGGAAAGUAUGAUUCAGCAUUCAAACGAGUUGAGAAGUAUAUAGAGGCAAGAAAGGAAUCAGACCGAAAAUUUGAUACCCAAUAUCAGCGUAAAAUUGCUGAAGCACUAGAUAAUCACUUAACUGCAAUCCAGCGAGAUCAUGAACUCAAAUCACAAAUAGAAGAAAGGAGAAUAAGAAGUGAUGCAGCUCAUGAAGAGGCUAAGAGAAAGGAAAAGGCUUUGCAAGAAGAAAGAAUACGUCAAGAGAGAGCUAAAGCAGAGGCAGAGGCUAAACAUAAAGCUGAGGAAGCAAAAAUGGUUGCUCUAGAAGCAGAGAGGAAAACAGUGCAGGAAGCUGCCCGGAAGGAAGCUGCUGAAGCAUCAAAAAGGGUAGCUGCUUUAGUCCCACAAGGAGAUGCUGCCAGACAACAAGUAAAUGUUAGUUCAGCAAAUCAGAAUCUUCAUAAGCAGGGACCUGCAUCCAAUGGAACUCGUAAAUCAGAACCAACAGCUGACAUUUUGAGAGCUGCAGAAAGUGCUUUGAAUCUGGAGCAGGGAAGACUACAUAAACUUAAAAAGUUGGAGGAAGAGAACCAAUCUCUGAAAUUGAGCUCUAAUAUGGAUUUCAGCAACAGUGAAAGGCAUAUCGCUAGGUUGAUAAGACAAAUAAGGGGGACACAAGAGAAUAUUAGAACAAAAUCAAGUGAACUUAUUAAAAUUUUCAAGAAUCCUUCAUGCCCUCUGUCAAUUAGCAUUGCAGCAUUUGCAAAGAAGGUUGCUUCCCACUGCGAAAUUCCUGAUAAUGCUGCUUUUGCAUGUGGCCAUGUCAUUGUUCUUGUUACCUCACAGUUCCCACAUGCAAUGGAUCUUAUUCUGGCUGAGUUCCAUUCAGCUUGCAUCUAUACUGUCCCCAAGCAUGUAGUAUACUUGAAGUCAGCAUUUGAAUCAAAAGAGGCUUACUACAAAACCAUUGGAUAUCAAGAACAAGAUGGGAAGGUUGAAAGCACAAGAGAUUAUUUGAAACGAUUGGAAUCCUACAUGAAACUAUAUGGGGCUCUGGUUCAGACAGAAAUCCAGGGUAUCCAGAACACUCAUGGUCCAAAAGAAGGCUGGGCAUGGCUUGCGAGGUUCUUGAAUACUCUCCCUGCCAACGUAUAUACUGCUGUUGCAUUGAAAGCAUUCCUGCAAACAGCAGGGUUUGUGCUCUUCAAAAAAUACAAAUCCCAGUUUAGGAAGAUGCUGAACAUUAUCUCCAAGGACUUUCUGAAGGCAUUGAGAGAACGGGAGGAUCAGGAGCUGAAAACAAUAAUUAUAGAGAUUCAAUCCUACAUAGAAGACAAUAGAUUCCUUCAAGAGCCUGAAGGAUGGAGCAUGCAGAGUUCAUUGCUAUCAAGUGUCAUGGUGCCCGACUCGGAACCAAGUAGAGGUUACUACUAUUAUUGACCAGAAAAUCCAGCGUAGGGGUGCCAGAACAAGAUUAAAUGUAUCAUCUCGGGGGGAUAUUAUCAUAUUACUUUUUGCUAGUCAUCAGAAAAAAGGGGGAAACGAAGUGCUAUUCUUGGCUAUUUUAAGCCCUAGAUUUUGUCAGGUUGUAUGGGCAUUAUCCGUUGCCUUCAUUGCGAGUUUUAGAGUCAAUGAUGUGCUACUAGUACUUGCUGAGAGAGCCUGGACAGCCAGAAUCAUUUGAUAAUCCAGCCUAUGCUUUUCACCCUCCUUUGUUGUCCUGCCUGUAACACUACAUUGUUCAAAUUUCUUGAGAACAUCCAAAUGUAUGCAACAAUAUGUUGAGAUUAA